UUUUGGGAAUGAAGGAGCCCUGGCCAUGGGAGAGGCCCUAAAGUUCAACAACACUCUGGUGUACCUCAACAACAACCGCCUAACCAAUGAGCGCGUCAGCAUGCUGUGCAGGGGUCUUGAGUUCAAUGACACGCUCAGAAUCCUGCUGCUGGCUUACAACUCUUUAACAGUAGAGGGAGCUCUUGCUCUGGUCGAUGUGGUGAAGAACAUGCCUAAAACUGCCUUGAAGAGAUCAACAUAUGAAACGUGCUUGUAAAUGAGAACUUUGUGCAUCUUGGAGAUGACAUGUCAGGGCCAUCCUGGUCUGGAUGUACAAUAUGGAGGAGUAGGAGGCUUUAUUGCUAAGAAGCAACCGAAACGCAUUGAUCCAAUGAAAGUCAUCCAGGAUUUUCUUGAUCAUCAAAGCUGCGCCUGUGGGACUUCUUUGGGAACAUAGACAAUGACCGCACCAUGCCAGUCCCUGUUGCUGACUUCAGAAGGGCUGUUCAGGUUUCUACUGAUAUAUAGAACAGCCCAAAAUUUGCAGGAAGUACACCACAACUGAAUGUCAAUGAUAGAUCGAGAAACUUCCCCUGCAACAACUCAUGUGAAACUAUGUUAGCACUCUAGCAUUCCGUUGGAUCGAUACCAGACUGAGGAGCUGAUUCAGAGGCUUGAUUGCAUCAGGACGGGAAUGGUGGACUACAGGUGAGCAUUUUCCCUGUACUGUCUGAUAAUACUCACAGACUGAUUAUCUAAAUUACUUUAGAGAGCAGAGUUAUGAUGUCUUUAUCUCUGGAACAUGUUACCUUGUGUUUUUACAAUCCCUGGUCUUAUCUUAAACUAGCAUAACACUGGGAAUUUGUUCAGAUCUUUACCCUAAAUUAUGCCCUCAAAACCGCAAAAGUGUUCAAUAAAGCAGUUUAUUAGGCUUAUCUGAUGCUUCUGUGGAGGGGACUGGCGGAUACAAGAAAACAAAUGAUGAGAGAUCACUGCCGCCAGCUGAAGAAGUUUGAAUCCCAUCAGAAAAAAGAGAAGCAGAAGAGUGACAGCAUCCUUAAAACUUUCCAGAACGCUGUGGAGGCAGUUACACCUCACAGCUCCAUGGUCAUAUCUCCAGGAGCCGCCAAAAAGGACUCUUUGAGAGGGGUGGCACUUUUCUGCCACCCCUCUCAGCUCCUGACACCACAUUGUCAUGUCCAACAGCCGCCGAUACUCUGUCCCUAAUCUGAGCAAUGUCCACCUACCCAUGUUAGGGGGAACCACACCUUACCGUCCCACCAGUUCCCCAGCAAUGCGCUCCUACUCCCCUCGCUCUGCUCCAGGCAAGUCCAUCUCUGCUUAGGGCAUUCGCUCAGAUCUGGAAAUGGGCCACAGCAAGCUGAGCCCGAGUGCUAGCAGCCUGACCAGGUCCAGGCCUGCGCUUAAUUCCAAGCAGCCAGAGGGUAAAGUCAAAAGCAAGAAAGUGAAGAAAAAGAAACCAAAGAAACAUGAAGAUUAAGGCUCAAAGGAUCCUACACAAACUGUCACAUGAUGUGUCUUGUGUCUUUUCGACUGGUUUCUUUGUCACACACAGUUAACAAAGGAUUCUCAUUGUUUUUGUCUUAUCUCAAAAAAAUUAAAAAUAAAUAAAUUAAAUAAAAGCUGUGUACAAAUCAUCCCAGCUCUUGAAUCUUUUAAGCAAUACAGCCAACUCCUGUUCAGAGGUCAAGCUUUCCCUGGUAACUUUGCCAGACCUCAAAUACUGGUUUAUACCCAGGUACUCAUGGAUAAAUUCAAACAAAGAGUCAUAGUUUCUGAGUUCUGUUUGCUUAAGAUAACAGUACGUAUGUCUUGCUUUGGCUAAUAAUGGUGUGAACAUGGACAGGUGUGCAUGUGGUAUUAUACUGAGAUAGGAUAUAUAAGUUGUGGACUUCCAGGUAUCUCGGUCAUAACCACUCUGACAGCACCAGAAUGAUCGGCACUCUGUAUUUCUUAGUGCUGCUGAGCUCCGCAACGGCCUGGGGGCGUGUUGGCCUAUGGAGCAAGGGCAGUGCAAGGAAUGGGACAGGAGGGGACAUGUGUACCUGUGAUGCCUUCCUGCCCAGUACUACCUUUCCUAUUAAAGAUCUGGUGGUGGUAGAGCAGACAGCUGUGGAGAUCUCACACAAGGUGGAGCUGGAGAUGGGCAAGCUGGAAGACUAUGAAAUCAAGCUGACAUCAUAUGCUGAGAAGAUCAUACAAUUGUCAGCUGAAAUUAAUGUAAUGGAAAAGAACCCAGAUGACUACAAUGACGCCAACUUUGAGGACAAAAAGGUGGAGAUUAAGCAAAUGGAGGCCCUGAUUAAAGAACUGCAGCUCUCCAUCAAAAGCUCCACCACUGUCUUUGAGUCCCUGCGUGUACAGAUCACAGCCAUGGAGGAGACCUUGACGAGGCUGGAGAUUAGCUACGACAAGAACAUGGUCCUGAAGACCCGCCGAGAGUACUUGAAGGUGCAGCUGGAACUGGAGGAAUGCGAGAGACGCCACCAGGAGAUUUUCAGCCCCGACAUUGGCUCUUGUGCUCACACUGGUAUCAUCAAGGUCAGCAAACCCAUUGUAAGCCAGCUGAAUGCUCAUCUAAGCACUGGCUAUAUAUACGGAGGCUGGGGGAAAGAUUCGAAGCCCAUUCCAGAUAGAGAGUCUAUGUACUGGUACUCUGGCUACUCUAGUGCUCAAAUUCCUGACAUUAGGUUUUACGUCGACUACAAGAACCUCAUCUUGAGAAAACCCUUCCAGCAUUACACCUUACAUAGCAGCUGGAUUGGUAAAGGGAACAAUUUCGUCAUGCGUGAUAAUACUCUCUACUAUCAGAUAAACAGUCCAUUUGCAGUGGCCAAACUGAAUUUCACCACCAUGAGUUAUCAAAACAGGGUGAUCCCCGGAGCUAGCCUCAGCUUUUCUUAUGCUGGUUCCCCCAGUCAGAACUUGGACUUAAGUGCUGAUGAAACUGGCUUGUGGGUGACCUAUGCCACAGAGGAGUCUAGCGGUCGGUUGGUCAUUGCUAAAAUAAAUGAGGCUUCUUUUGGAAUAGAGGAGGAGUAUGUGACUAGUGUUUACAAACCAAGCCUGAGCAAUGCCUUCAUGGUGUGUGGUGUUCUGUAUGCAGUCAGGACAGUUGAUAUCCUGAACGAAGAGAUAUUUUACAAGUAUGACACCAAAACCAAAGAGGAGAGCUACAUGAGUGUUCUCUUUGAGAGGUUCCAGGAUAAGUACUCCAGCCUGGACUACAAUCCAACUGACCAGAAGCUCUACAUGUACAAUGAUGGCUACUAUGUUAACUACCAUCUGUGGUUUAACCACACAACUAAAGCCACCAUGUAGCCUCCUUAUCUUGUGAGCUACAUCAUUUUCUGUGAUUCAGUGAAAUAUUAUACCUUACAAAUGAAACAAUCAUUGUCUAUCUCCCUUUUUCCUUCUCCUUGAUAAUUAAUAAAUGAUUUUAAGCAUUA